UAAAAGAGGACAUGAUGUCUGUUUAGAGGCUUCAUGGGACGUGUGGAAUUAAGCGGGUGGACUUCAGGAAUUACAUUUACCGAGCUGUGAUUCACUGUAGACGGAGAACGUGAUGUUGGGUUUGUUGUGGCUCUGCUUCGCGUCUGUGUUCUGGGUCUCUGGAUUUGACAUUUUAUCCUGUAGAAACUCGUCAGUCACAAUGAAUGUGGUUCUGCUGGAGGAUGAAGGUUCGCCCUGGAGUCUGAAGUUUGUACAAAAUGUGGUCGAUAAAGCUGUCGAUGAGGAAAACCACAAGAACAAGGUUGCAGGGUUGGACUUCGUGAUCAAGGUGCUGUUCAGUGGUUUUAACACGACCCUGUACCGGCGCAGAGGUUGCAGCAGCAGUACUUGUGAAGCCGUGGAGAUCCUCAAAUCCCUGCAUAACAACAGUGAGGUCGGCUGUGUCAUGCUGGGCCCGUCCUGCACAUACGCAACUUUCCAACUGGUCGAUCAAGAAAUUGGUUUGACUUUAACUAUCCCGAUCAUCUCAGCUGGUAGUUUUGGUCUGUCGUGUGACUAUAAAGAGAAACUCACCCGUCUGUUGCCUCCUGCACGCAAAAUUGCCGACUUCUUCGUCCAUUUCUGGAACGAGGACAUUUUUCAUCUGAAACCGGAGUGGAAAACAGCAUAUAUCUAUAAAAAACCCAACAACACAGAGGAAUGCUUCUGGUAUAUAAACGCUCUGGAGGCGCCGUCCGCUCUGUUCUCAUCCAAUGUCUCCAGAGAGAUGCUGAGGAGCCAAGGGGAGCUGACAGCAGCCCUCAGAAACCCUGAUCGCCAUAGCAACAUUUUUGUUGUGUGUGGAACUCCAGAUGAUGUUCAGUUCAUUAAGAACACAAGCAGUGUUCCAGCAGAAGUGCUGUUUGUCCUCAUUGACCUGUACAAUGAGGGAUAUCACAUCAACCAAUCCAGCUUUGAGCACAUGAGGAACGUGCUGGUGGUCACCACACACAACUUCAGGAACUUCUCCAACAACAACUUCUGGAAAAUAAACAGCACGGUGCUGAACGAUUACGUGGUCGGUUACCAUGACGCUGUGCUUCUGUUUGGUCAUGUGAUGAGAAAGAAUCUACUAGCCAUUAAGUCGUCCGACGAGACCAGCGGCAUCAUCGAAAACCCCUUCAGAAACAUGUCGUUUGAAGGGGUUGGUGGACACUAUGAAUUAGAUGCUAGCGGUGACAGAGAUCUCAAUUUGUCGGUAGUUUACACGACUAGUACAAACCAGUAUAAGACGCUGUUUGUGUUCGACACGUCCAGUAACAAAACGAAGCAGAAUCACUCGAACCCUGACCUGCCGUGGGCCGGAUCCCGUCUGCCCAACGACAAACCCGCUCACGCAUUAGAGGUUCAGAACAUCAUCAUGAUCGUUCUCGGCCUCAGUGUUGUCAUGGCGACUGCGAUUGCUUUUAUCUUGUACAGGCAGAACAGACGAGUGCGUUUCAAUCAGAAGAAAUGGUCCCACAUCAAUCCAGCGCUCAUCACACCACUACACGACAAAGCCACAAACUACAUCAGUCUCAGAAUUGAUGAAGAUAAGAAGGGGGACAGCAGCAUGCAGAUACACAAGGGCCGAUAUGACAAAAAGCCGGUCAUCCUGAAGGAGUUGAAGAACACAGAUGGGAAUUUCUCGGAGGAUCAGCGGAUUGAACUCAACGCACUGCUGCGCAUAGAUUACUAUAACCUCACUAAAUUCUACGGGACGGUGAAGUUUGAGUGUGGGGUGUUUGGAGUUUUUGAGUUCUGCGAGCGAGGAUCACUCAGGUAUGUGCUGAACGAUAAGAUCUCGUAUCCGGACGAGAGUUUCAUGGAUCUGGAGUUUAAGAUCUCAGUCAUGUACGACAUUGCAAAGGGAAUGUCGUACCUUCACUCCAGUAACGUCGGCGUUCACGGGAGACUGAAAUCGACAAACUGUGUUGUGGACAAUCGUAUGGUGGUGAAGAUCACGGACUUCGGCUGUAACACGAUCCUGACGCCCGGGAAAGACUUGUGGACGGCGCCCGAGCACAUGCGUGUUCAGGGAAUCUCUCAGAAAGGAGACAUCUACAGUUUCGCCAUCAUCUCUCAGGAGAUCAUCCUCAGAAAGAGUCCGUUUCACACCAGCUGCUGCUCUGAUACUUCAGAGAAACUGUAUCAUGUUCAGAAUCCGAGAGGGCCGAAUGUCUUCAGGCCGGAUCUCAGUUUUGAGUCCGUUGGAGAGACUGAGGCAGAGCUGUUUGUGUUGAUCAAGAGCUGCUGGGAGGAGGAUCCAGAGAAGAGACCGGACUUCAAGAGAAUCGAGGGCACUCUGGGUAAAAUCUUCAGUAACCUCCACAACCAGGCCAACGCCAGCUACAUGGACAACCUGAUCCGCAGACUGCAGAUGUACUCCAGAAACCUGGAACACCUGGUGGAGGAGAGAACGGCGCUGUACAAGGCCGAGAGAGACCGAGCCGACCAACUCAACUGCAUGCUGCUGCCGGGGCCGGUGGUGCGUUCACUAAAGGAAACUGGCCGCGUGGAGCCCGAGCUGUAUAAUGAGGUCACUAUCUACUUCAGUGACAUCGUGUGCUUCACGACUCUCUGUCAUCACAGCACACCGAUGGAGGUGGUGGACAUGCUCAAUGACAUCUACAAGAACUUCGACAGCAUCCUCGACAACCAUGACGUCUACAAGGUGGAGACUAUCGGUGAUGCGUACAUGGUUGCGUCGGGUCUGCCGAGACGCAACGGGAACAGACAUGCGGUGGACGUUUGUCUCAUGGCUCUGGACAUUCUGGAGUUCUUGGGAACGUUUCAGCUCAGACACCUGCCGGGAAUUCCGUUGUGGAUCCGAAUCGGAAUACACUCAGGUCCGUGUGCUGCAGGUGUUGUGGGUAAUAAGAUGCCGAGGUAUUGUCUGUUUGGAGACACAGUCAACACAGCGUCCCGAAUGGAGUCCACAGGCAUGCCUCUGAGGAUUCACGUGAGCGAGUCGACCAUUGAGAUCUUACAGAGAACAGACUGUCAGUUUGAGUGUGAACGCAGAGGAGAAACUUACCUGAAGGGGAAAGGGAAGGAGAUGACGUAUUGGCUAACUGGAGUAACGGGGCGGAAAUACAACCUGCCGACUCCACCGACAGCAGAGAACUUCCAGCGUCUGCAGCAGGAUCUGGCCGACAGAAUCAUCUCUGCGCUCGACAAAAAAGGAAACGAAUGGAGGAAAACACUCUCAACACGGCAGAGACGAACACAGAGACACAGCAGCGAUAACCAGCCUGAAUACCUGCACCUGACUGACCCCAACACACACCUGUAA